GAGUGAUCUGGUAGUCGUUUCACCAGAUGUGGGCUUUCGCUUUGUGUGGAGGCAUCAUUCCAGAGCACGUAGAUUUCAUUCUGGUAGUAAUUCUGGUUGGUCUUCGCAACUGUACAUGACUCUUGCCAGCUGAACGUUGCCAAACUGAACGUUGGCGCCUUCUGUUGUUGUAUACUCAUUGAGCAACUCUGCUGCCUUUCUUGCUUUUGCUUUCUUUGUCAUCAUGACACUACCAAAAUGCUCUAGCAUGUCCGCCCAGAUUUCAAUUAGUUUCUGCUUGAUGUUGGUAGGCCACUGCACUUUCUACUUUUGUUUUGAAGUUGCGCUAGCGCUAGCAGUUGUACUGGCAGGAUCUCGUUCAGUCGACAUACUUUGUUGCGCGCAGAAGAAUCGAGUCAAUACGAAAGGACAAAGUCGUCAACGCAAACUGAGGGUUUGUGCAAGUGGUAGGAAAACUCUAGCGACCGCAGUAGUGUAGGCCUGCGUGGUCAACUGACCAAAACAAUGGUAAUGUCAUGUUAACUGCCGAUCUCAUCCCACAAUGACAUUCUCAUUCACAUUCUAUUUACAUGACCAACAUAACGGAAAUGUCAAUGGCAAUGUGGAUGUAGUGUGACCGCAGCCUUAGUAAAUGGCAGCUUUUUACAUUUACUGUUUUUAUUGGCAUAGUCAGGAUUGCGAACCAGAGGGGUGCUCAACAUAAACAAUAUAUUAAAUACAUUUUAAUUUGCGUAAAGUGUUGUUGGCACGUGAAGAAAGUCAAGCUAAAAUUGCAGUACUGCAUACUGCCUUGGAGUAUGGACCACCUCUGUGUCAGCUCUAGUAUCAGUUGAACUUUUCAGUGACAGCAUUUGCUACCAGUGAUCCCAGACACAAAGCAAGGGGUGUCGAGCACCCUGAUCACCCCCUCUUGCUACGACACUGUUUUUAUUAUUAUAGCAAGACUGGGAAAGUUGCCACCAUUAUCGUUCUUAUUUACACAAGAAGUUACUGAUUUUGUCUGUCUUGUGGCUUUGAUUGUGUAAUUUUGAUUGUACAUUAUUGAUGUUGUGGCUGCAUUUUUUGACCACGAUGUGUUUUCAUAACUGGUUUCUCUGGAUACAUAGCACUCUACUGUAUUGUGGAAUAACCAAUAGAAAGUAAUUGACGAUUUCACAGAUCAAUGCACUGGCCAACAAAGCAGCAAGAAAAGCUUAAGGUUAUGAGAAUACAAAUUUUUACAGCAAAAUUGAGUUUUAUAUUUUUGGAAAUUCCCAACAUUCAUGUGAUGCGUGACUGUUUGAACGAACUGGUAGAAGUUGCUUCAAAUCGUAGUUUAAGUAUGGCAAAGUACGUUUCUCAGUGGUAUGCAAGCAGCGGUUGGUUGAAACAUAUUAGGAGUAUCGUGGAGACAUCAAUUUUUAUAGCAGAGGCUCUUGCUGAGCAGAAACGGUCUGUGUUGGUUCAUUGCAGUGAUGGGAUCGAACGGCUCAGAUGUGCUCUGUUGCCUCGUUUGUUGAUUCAUUUUUACUAUCGCAUUUUACAUGGAUUUUAUGUUCUUAUCUGUAAAGAGUGGCUGGCAAUUGGACACAAGUUUACUGGAAGGUGUGGCCAUUUAGAUGGUGACAGCAAAGUGAUUUUUCUCAUUUUCCUCCAAUUUCUUGAAGUUUUGUGGCAGCUCCAGUGUCAGUUUCCAUGUACUUUUCAGUUUAAUGAGAAACUACUCAUUGAUCUCCACGAGCAUGCCAGUUUGCGUCAGUUUUGGAACAUUUCUUGGCAACUGCGAACGAGAACAAAAAGAGCUAGAGUAAGCAAACUUGAGUAGUCAAACGUAUUUAUUCUGGGGAUUUGUAUGGGAGCAUGAGAGUGAGUAUUUGAAUCUCAUGUAACGACCAAUGACGAAAUACACUGAAAUGAUGCUUCAUCCAGACGCUAGCCCACGGAGAAUACAGUUUUGGUGAGGAAUGUACAAUCAUCAUGAUCACGCUGUGCUGCCUCGACAAUCAAUGCAAUCUUGCCUUGCAAUCAUCGUACGAGAAACAGAGAAUUGGGGGUAGAACAGGUUAAUACAUACAGCACAGACGGAAUCAUGGUAUAAAUAAAAUAAUAAAUCAACAGACGAGCAGACAAACAAACAGAAACAGAAGUGUAUUGCAAGACAAGAGCACUGAAAAAGCGUCUUGGCUAUGUUGAGCAUGAAGCAGACGAUUCAUUCAUUUCCGAUAUGAAAGGAGCAGAAGACAAGAGCAUGGAUCGUAUGGACAUAGCAAUGGCUGACAUUGAUCUGUUGUGGACGAUUAUCAUCCUGUAGACUCACUAGAAAGUGAAGAUGAAAUGAGUGCUGUAACUAAUUAGGAGAUAUUGGAUGAAGCAUAGCUUGCAAUUGUAUGUGUCAAUAAUGUAUUACAGCAACAAAUUCAAGCUAGACAGAUGACAGCCAGUGAGUCAUUGUGACAUAGACUUUAUGUGACAAUAUACUUUAUGUAACAGC